AUGGAUGUUACUCAAGCAGAAGCCUUGGGUACAAAGCUCCAUGGGGGUGGAAGGGAAAUGGAGCAGGCAUACCAGUUUCGUCUGAAGGAGCGUGAAAGAGAUUAUCAUCGUCGGGUCCAGCAAUGGGAAAAGCACAGACGCCAAGGAACCCACACUGGUGGGCGACCGCGGCGCCGGUUGAAGCCUACAUCACUGGAUGAGAACGAAGACAGUGAGAAACCUUCAUGGAGAAUCCAGGCGACAGCGACAUUUCCAUACUGGGACGUCCGGACACAAAUCUUAGAGCCGGGCACCUACUGCAAGGCUUGCACGUAUCACUGGGAGGAGGGAAAUGCAAAUGACUGGAGACGCAUGGAAACCAUUUGGCAUCCACAUCCUCCUAGCAGAGAGGCCUAUUAUCGAGCAUUCUUGGAGGCUGAUUUACCUCGGCAUUUUCUCAAUUGUGUAGCAGUGAAGGAGAAUUAUGACUUUCGUGUCAAACGUCCGAGCGAUAUCUUUUUUAGGAGGCAUGGGACUGACUUUAUUGUUGGACCCAAGAAUAAUACUGAUGUCUGA